AUGGCUCUCAAUAUCCUCCUUCUUUCGUUCCUCGCUAGCUAUCCCAUUUUGUCCUCGGUUGUGGCGGCAGAUUCUGACUUCACCCUCUAUGCAUAUGGCACAGACAUAAAUGGGCUAGAGUUGUUCUUUGCAGAUGGUAACGCUCAGGUCGGGGAUAUCAGUACUGCAGCAACUUCCAAUGUGUCAAACGUUUACUUUACUCUUGAUAGGGGCGAACUACUUGCCAAUCCCAAUCUCACUAGCACUCGGACGUUCAGGCCAAGUUUCAACUCCACUUGGUCCAAUCUUGAGUUGAAUGUUCCGGUAGACGAUGACUCCAGCAACAGCAUUAGCUUUACUCAGAAUUUUAUCUCCAAUGAGACCGGAAAGUGGAGAUUUUAUGGGCCCUCCCUUCUAUUUGAUACCAGUUCAGGUCAGCUAAUUUCGCUUUUCUUCGCGAAGCCUGCGGCCACUACCGGAUUGUUUGACCUAGUCUGGGAUUUGUCAAAGGCUGAGCAAGAAGAGAAUCCGGAUGCCAAACCGGUAGCUCUCAGGAAUAUUGCACCCACGAGUGGUUGA